AUGAAACAGCAUUCAGAUCCCACUUUUUCACUCAUCGAACUUGAAGGAGAGAAAUUAAGUGAUUCCUGCCGAUACUGCGACGAUACUACCUCACCAAAAGCAGCAUGGCACAUAUCAUCCAGUAGUCUUAACGUGGCCGACUACAGACUCCUCAUGGAUCAGGGAUGGCGUCGACACGGAAAUCACGUUUACAAGACGAUGAAUAGGAAGACGUGUUGUCCAGCCUACCCAAUCAGGUGUGACACGGAGCAUUUUAGGAUCUCGAAGUCACAGAAGAGGGUGUUAAAUAUUGUGGCAAACUUUUUGCAGAAAGGUAAAUCUCCGAAUGCUGCUGGGAAAUCACGAGAUGUCUGCAUCGAUUCCGUCAGCAGUGUAGAUAGCCUCUUCGAUAAAAAUGAUGCCACCGACUCUUCACCUGUUAGAGAAGGCUUUGACGUCGAAACCAGUGCCUGUGUCAAUAUUCAAAAGCCAGCUGAGAGAAAUACAUCAAAAGAUUCGGGCAUAUAUGAGAAUGCAAGCCAAGUUUUAACAAAUGGACGAUCGGGAUCCUCAAAACGAAAUCGAUGGCAGGCUAAACAGGAACGUAUGGCUCAACGGGCCGAGAAAACUGGUGUUCCUUACGAAGAAAUCUUGAAAGCUGACUCUCAGAGUCGGAAGAAUCGUUCUGAAAAGAACCAGGCAAAGGAAAUUGAGGAAUACCUGGAACAGGAAAAGGCAAAAGGAAAUGCCGUACACACUUUAGACAUCCGGUUGUGCAAAUGCUCACCUCGGUCCUCAGAACUCAGUGAGACUUUGGAUGAGGAAUACAAACUGUACUACAACUACCAGGUCGGUGUUCAUCAUGCGGCACCGGCAAGCAUAAGUCCUGAGGCAUUCGAGGAAUUUUUAGUUGAUUCCAAUCUCGUGAAUGCACACGAUGCCGCAGCGGAAGUCGCUGGCGCUCCACAAUUCGGUUCCUAUCACCAACAGUACUGGCUGGAUGGAAAGAAGUUGAUUGCCGUUAGUGUGGUGGACUUGGUUCCGGGUUGUCUUUCCUCCGUUUACUUCUUCUACGAUCCUGAAUACGCAUUCCUCAGUUUGGGCACCUACUCGGCUCUUCGAGAGAUUGCAUUUGUUCGACACCUUCAACGAACCUACGGAGCGGUCGUACCCGCCCUUGCCGACUUCACACAAUACUAUUUAGGCUACUACAUCCACUCCUGCCCCAAGAUGCACUACAAGGCUCAGUUUUCACCCUCCUACCUUGCCUGUCCUGAGACACACGCCUGGGUUCCCAUAGAGAAGUGCAAGCGCCUGCUAGACCAAAGCAAGUAUCGUCGAUUUGCAGAGGAGGAUGUAGAGAGCGCAUCAACCACACAAUGUGGCCAUGAAACGAAACUUCAGCUACCCUUCUCCUUAACUCUGGCAUCCACGUUGCCCAAAGGAGGUUUUGCAGUGGAAGGCAAAACAAUAGUCACGACCCUCAAUUACGCCGAAGGUGUGGUGUCCAAGAGGGAUCUGCAACUCAUGCGCGAGUGGACCAGUCUUGUCAACAACACUGGGACCAUGUGCAUUAGCUGUACUAACUAG